UCUCGUGCAGCCUGCAGACGCCGUCGAGCGGUCGGGAUGAGAUCGGCGGCGGCGGCGUCGAUGACAACACGUCUUCUUCUGCUUCUUCGACUUCCUUCUCCUAAAGGUUGGAUGCGUUAUUUUCCGCACUGCAUGGAGUCAAAUCCCAGAUGACGUCACGCACACAGCGCGAGAAGGCGGUGAUGAUAAAUUCAUAUCGAUUGACUCACGCGUGAGCGCUGAGAUCAUCGCACGAGGCGCACGUAUUACGGCGGACGUUCAGGUUGUUGGUGCGUUGGAGAUUUCGUCAGGGUUCUUAAAACAGUUCAAAAGAACCAAAAUGCAUCCUCAGCCACGCCGUGACCCCUCCAUGUCCGGGAAAGAGCGCAGCCCCCGUCACCGGCCGUGGUCGGUCUGCCGGGCCAACACGUUUGAUCUUUCGUCGGAGAUGAUGGGGCUGGCGCUGUCAGGCGACUGUCAGGAUCCAGAUGAGCCGGCGUUAGAGUUCAGUUUGGUCUGCAGUGAACUGGUCACACCUACUGUGGACCGAAAGCCCAGCAGCUUUGUGGCCGUCAGCUGCACCACUCCCCCUCAGGCCUUCUGGACCAAACACUCGCAAACAGAAAUCAUUGAGGGAACAAGUAACCCCAUGUUCCUGAGCAGCGUGGCCUUCUUCCAGGACUCUCUGAUCACUCAGCAGACCCAGGUCAAGCUCUCGGUCUACGAUGUGAAGGAUCGCUCCCAGGGCACAAUGUACAUGCUCGGCUCGGCCAUCUUUUCCUUGAAGGAGCUCCUGCAGGACAAACACCACCGCCUGCACCUGACUCUCAGGUCGGCCGAGAAUGAGCGAGUGGGCAACCUCACGGUCAUCGCCUGGCAGAUCGAGGAGAAACGCGAGCAGAGAGCUCCGGUUGCCAGACUACAGCGAGGAGACACCGUUAACGGAAGAAUGGUUCUUCCAGUUGAUGAAAGCUUAACUGAAUCCAAAGGCAUCAAGUUCAAGUCUUCGUCGCUGUGUAAAGAUCCCCUGCUGAAGGCCGUGUUCGGAGGCGUCAUGUCGCAGAUGUACCGUUUCCCCACCACGGACGGCAAACAUCUCCGCGUCCUGGAGCAGAUGGCUGAGAGCGCGCUUUCCCUGCACAUCCCUCGACAGUUUGUGAAGCUGCUGUUGGAAGAAGACGCCGUCAGGGUGUGUGAACUGGAGGAGCUGGGCGAGCUGUCUCCGUGCUGGGAGAACCUCCGGAGGCAGAUCAUCACUCAGUACCAGACCAUCAUUCUCACAUAUCAGGAGACCAUCAGCGACCUGCACGAGUACAAAGGACCUUCUUUUAAAUCGAGCACACUGAAAGCCGAGCGGAAGUUAGAGUUUAUUCCGACAAAUUUGCACAUUCAGAGGAUGAGAGUACGCGGAGAGUCCGGCUACGAUCACACAUACGAUGUGGUGACGAACGGCGCGCCUGCUGCACACCAUCAAGGUUUUAAAGGCUGCGGCCUGAGGAAACUGCUGCACAGGCUUGAAGAGGCCAGAAAACACUCUUACGAGGAAGAGAGCGCCGCCGGGCCAAGAGGAAUGGCGUACCAGCCGCAGGAUGUCGUCAGAGCGAAGGAGCUGAUCGGCCAAAUGAACACGCUGAAGACCCAAGUGUGCUACUACAUCGAGCGUCUGACGAGAGCGGCCAAGGAGCGCUCGGCCAACGCGCUGGAGAGAACCUUGGCCAUCCUCAAAGAGAAGACUCGUCAGUUGGUGAGCGUGUGCGACUCCAAGCUCCUGUCCUCGGCCAUCGUCGCGCUGGCCGCCGCCCGCCCGGAGUCCGCCCCGCGAGGCACCCCGUCCCCUUCCUCAUCCUCCCUCUCGCCUUCCUCACGCUCGCCGUCGCGCUCACCAGCACACCGCCCGCCGUCGCCGUCGCGGGCGGCUACCUCGCCCUCGCGCCUCGCCACGCCCCCGGAGAGCAUCGACGCGAGUAAAAACAAGCGCGCCUGCUCGCAGGCCGACUUGCACGGGGAAGAGUGGGAGAAGGUGUGGCUGAAGGUGGACAAGAGUCUGGAGUGUGUGAUCCUGAGGGUGGAACGGUUACUGCGGGGCGAUCAGCUCCAGAGCGACAGCAGCUCUGAUGACGUGUUCGCGUUGGCCACCGAGGACCCCAGAAGCACCCAAAAAGGGAGCAGUCCUGAGCGGGGGAAAACAUCGCCAGGGGAGUGGACCGAGGCCCUGCACCCGCUGCUCUCCACGCUGAGCGACUGCGCCUCGCUGAUGAGCGACAAAGCCAAGAAGGCCUUGGUGUUCCUCCUCAUGCAGGACAGCGCCCCAACCAUCGCCAUGAGCCUCACACUGCAGUACCGCCGUGACGUGGUCUUCUGCCAGACCUUAACGGCUCUUGUCUGCGGCUUCGUCCUCAAGCUGAGGAACAGCCUCUGCGACUCAGGCUUCCUCAAGCAGCUCCACACCAUCGGCUUGCUGGUGCAGUACGAGAGCUUGCUCAGCACCUACGGUGAGGAGCUCGCCAUGUUGGAGGACAUGAGCGUCGGGGUGAACGACCUGAGGAACGUCACCUUUAAAAUCACACAAGCGAGUACGGCCUUCAGCCCGGACACGCUGCCCGUCAUCACCGGGAACAGGAACGGCUUUAACGUCAGGGUCCCCAUCCCCGCCGCCAUUUUCGACACGCUGCCGCGGGAGAUCCAGAACGGCAUGCUGCUGCGCGUGCAGCCUGUCCUCUUCAACGUUGGCAUCAAUGAGCAGCAAACGCUCGCUGAGAAGUUUGGAGACACAUCUCUGCAGGAGGUCAUCAACAUCGAGAGCAUGGGGCGCCUCAGUUUGUACUACGACCACUUUAAAGAGGUCCUGCCAGAAGACUGUCUUCCUCGCUCCCGUAGCACCACCAGUCUGCCCAAUCUGCUCAAACAGCUCAGCCACAACGUCAACGCCAAGAAGAGCAAGAACGUGGAGAUUUUGUGGCAGGCGGCAGAGGCGUGCCGGCGCCUGAACGGCGUGCGCUUCACAAGCUGCAAGAGUGCCAAGGACCGCACGGCCAUGUCGCUGACCCUGGAGCAGUGUCACAUCCUUCAGCAGGAGCACGCCCUGGCGCCGCAGGUCUUCUACCAGGCUCUGGACUGUAUGCGCAGCGAGGGCUGCAGACGGGAGAACACCAUGAAGAACGUGGGAUGUCGCAAAUACGCAUUUAACUCGCUCCAGCUCAAGGCCUUCCCCAAACAGUAUCGCCCCCCGGAAGGCACGUACGGCAAAGUCGAGUCUUAACU